GUCUCACGUUAUUUUGACAGAAGUCGAGGCAGACAGAGCUGACCGCAGGGUGCCUAAUACGCCUAGUCGCCUGGUCUUGGAACCCCACGGAUUGCGCAGAUGCGCAGUACCGCAGUGUUGCAUUCCCACCUUGCGAGCUACUAGGUAGGUGUAGAUACCUAGGUAGGUAUAUAUCAAGCUAUAUCGAUAUCUCUCCCUAAUGGAUGUGUGAUUCUGCACAGGUAGAUUUUCAGACUUCAUAAAUCUACACUCAAAUUCCCUUCACUCAUCCUCUCAUCCCCCCAUUCACCUUUAUCUCUCCUUUUUCCUCAUAACGCACUACGUAACUACUCAUCGUUCUCGACAUUAGGCAUUUCGCAACCCAAUACAACUAAAUGGCCUAUAAAGCGGUUCAUGAGUCCAUCGGGGCCCUCUACAUUUGGUACUGUUGUCACUGUAAUGGUUGCGGACACUGCCCCAUCAGCAACCACCAAGAUGGAUAAUCAAAGUGGCCAGAUGAAUACCGACUCUGAAGCCCAAUCCACCGGCCAGAGUCGCAAUCAGUGGCCCGAACAUCCGCCGCAGUUGAAUUCCACGGACUGUAGCAAAUAUCAAAUUGCACAAGGCCAAACUGACCACUCCCACAUCCCCCUUCCUGCUCGUUUACCAACCUACUCUCCUCUCACCACGACAAUGUGCAUAACAAUGUAUGGCAAAAGUGAAUUCGACAUUGAAUCGAAUUCACUUAUGCCAUGCAUUCCCAUUCUAAAUGCCACACCUUCUGUACCGGUAUCUGGCUUUGCGGGCCAGAUGGCGGGACCGCCCUCACGCAUUUUCCCCCCUACUACUUCGCCCCUAUUCACCAUUCUCACCAAGUCAAUGUGCAGAGCACUCGACUCUAAGUCGAGAUCAUUUCUGCCACAAGAAAAACUCAAUGCUCUCACCCCGCUUUCAGUGAAAGAAGAAUUGAAGAGAGCUAUGCCUACACUCCCUGAAUCUGUUCUCGACAACUAUACGGCAGACAUCCUCGCCAAGCACGACUGCGAUCAGGAACCGACACAUCCUUCGCGGAGAUUUCAUCAUAACACCCGACUUAUGAAGACAUUCGUGAUCCUUGUCCUGCUGGGCAGAACAGAGAGUAUUCCGUCGUUCAUAUCUGGAGGGUUUGCAGACUCUCUGCUCCCCAUUGACUACUCUCUAUUCUCAAGUGAGAACCUAUCCCGGUCUGAACAUCCUCCACUAGCAUCGCUUCUUAGGCGCUGCUUCGACAAAUGGACAUUGCCUAGCAUCAAAAGAUUCACGGAAACGCAAUGGGUAGUUCUAUCCCCAUUUCUAGGUAGCGUCAAAGGGGAUAUCUCCCUGUACAGCUUCAAUGACCACAUUGUCCUCCCCAUAUUCGAUUUCGAUAACAUAACCCCAAAGUCGACUCAAACCGGUGGGUAUAGCAUUGUGCGAAGAGUCAAAAUUCAUCCUUGGCACCACAGUUUCCGAGAGGGUCAGGAUGAGCCGUACUUCGCUCUGAAAAGAUUGCAUUCCCCGCGUAUCAAGGACUUUCGACGUGAAGUCGUCGCCCUAAGGCGAUUCGUGAUAUCGCCAAAUUCACACAUUAUCAAGCUUCUAGCAGCGUUUCAGCAUGGGACAUCCUUCUACUUGCUCUUCCCCUGGGCCGACGGCGGCAACUUACGCUCAUUCUGGAAAGACAAUCCUAACCCAGUCAUCACCAGCUCCUCUUUGAUAUGGAUUGUCGAACAAUGUCUUGGCAUUGCCACUGCAUUGCAUCAAAUCCAUCAUGGUAACCAUACAGAGGCUUCAAACGCCGGAAACAGCAAUAGCCCGACGGAUAUCUCUUACUACGGACUCCACGGCGAUAUCAAGCCUGCCAACAUCCUCCUAUUCGAGGACGGCCCGCACAGUGAAAAUCCCAUCUGGGUGCUCAGCGACUUUGGACUCGGUGGACUACACCAAAAAACCGAGAACGAAGUCGGCGAUCGCCCUACUGGAUUCUCGCCUACCUACCGGGCCCCGGAACUUGACAUAAAGGGGGCUAUCGACAGCACCUAUGACAUCUGGUCCCUGGGGUGCGUUUUUCUUGAGAUUACUGUAUGGUUACUUCGUGGCUGGGAUGGAGUCGGGUCUUUCGCUCUAUCUCGAGUUACUACCGGCGAGCCAGCGAAAAAAGCCGGAUGGAUGGACGAUAAGUUCUUCGAACUUGUACCUCCGCAGUCUCUAGGUGCGCCGAAGGCAAGACUCAAGCCGAGCGUCGACCAGUGCUUCGAAAAUCUUACCGGGAGCCAAGCAGCAAGCCCCUGCAUCGAUGACUUUCUGGGGUUGGUACACGAUGACCUUCUCGAUGUUAAUUGGGAAACGAGGAUCAGUAGUUCAUUCCUUUCCGAGAAGCUCCAGUGUCUUCGGCAGAAAUGCCUAGAAGAUCCAGUAUACACGGUGGCUCUUCCACGGCCACACAAACCGCCGUGGCCUUAUCAAGAACUUGCAGAUCUAACAGACAACACCUUAAUUUCAAAUUACCAAAGACAACCAAUUCAGGUCAAUAUGGCCCAGAUACCAUUACCAAACGAACUGGACUAUCCAGACAUGAUGCCAAUUCCACCUCAGGAUACGUACUGGCCUGAUUUUAGCGGACAACAUCAUAAUAUGCAUAACACGUCAGACAUCUUGCAUGCUCCUAUUGACGGGAUGAUACCUUCAGACACCAUACCGGACAACAUGCAGCAGGAUACACUGCCGACUGAAUCAUUAUCUGUGUCACACCAGAGGUCGCCUGAUGAAGCUUCAUUCAGAGGUCCCAAUGGUCGAAGACGCACAUUAGACGACAUGACAGGUCCCAUCGAUAUGGGAAAUGAGCGAAAGAAAAAGGCGCGCAAGAAAAAGGAUCCCCCAAAUAUUCCAAACCGAGACCCAUCGCAAGCAAGUACGAAGGAGUGUUCAGAACCAACGAACACGACGGGAGACAAGCGUCUUUUUGCAUGUCCUUUUAACAAAAGGAAUCCCGCGAGAUACAGCACGAAAGCUUGGAAAUCAUGCAUAGGGCCCGGCUGGACAAUAUCAAGGCUCAAAGAACAUAUAUACCGCAAUCAUUUCUCGCCUUGUUACAGGUGUGAUCGUUGCUUCGGUGAAUUUCAAACCAGCUCUGAGCUCCAUGGACAUUCUCGUUCGGACCCGCCGUGCCAAAAACGAGAUUCUGACAUCGACUUCGAUACAAUCGACGAGACGCAGAAAGCUCGAAUCAAGAAUAAGGCGCGAGGUGUCUCGGAUGCGCAGAAGUGGGACGAUAUCUACCGAAUCAUCUUCAAGUUGGACUCCAUCGCGGAGAUCCCAUCGCCAUACUACGAAACCAUCACUGGUGGAGUUGACGCAGGGGUAACGGCAGAGAAAACCAAAGACCCCGACUCACUCGCAGAUUUUGAGACUUACCUUCACCGCCUGGCAGGCGAUACUGAUGGACAGGACGCGUCGGCGAUCAAGAAGUGCCUUGACCUCGUGCAGCGUUUCCAGCAAGGACGGGCUGGCGAGCAGCCAGCACCCACGCUCGAUAUGCCUCCUCUGACAUUCGAUUAUUCGGACGACGCAACUAGGACCUCCGAAUCGCAGGAAUUCCCUACGUUGCCGACCGUAGAUGAUAGCAUCACCGUUCCUAACGCGGAGGGAUUGAACGACCUCUCGUACUGCGGUAGCUCGUUCGAGGCGUAUUUCAACGAGGUAUUCGAUCCCGUUAAGCCGUUUGAUUUCUCAGAGUCCUUGGGUCUCGGGGCCGAUGGUGGGGCGUUACCGGGAGGGUCAUAAAAAAUGGGAAGGGAACGUAUUUAUUUUAGCAUGUGUUUUAUCUCCUUGGGUAGGUUUUUUGUUGGCGGUAUGGAUGAUAUUUGAAUGAUACCCGUUGCAAAUGCUGUGUGUAAGUGUGUGAAAGAGUUAAGGGGCAUGUAUAGGAGCGCUUCUCCUCUCGGGGUAUCAUUAUGAGUUAUGACGGGACACUCGAAUGGCCUCUUUCUGGUUAUUCCCUAUUCUCCCCCUUUUUUUUUCUAUUUAGGUACUAUAUAUCUUGGAUAGCUGGUAGGCUUGAUAAAAAUUCCAAUUAUAAAUGAUA